UUUUUUUUUUAUCUUUUAUUUUUCUGUGUCAAACAACCCGUUUUUCCACACAGUGGAAGCCCCCUAGGGAACGGCGUAUUGCAAGGCGUGAUGUUAUGGUGGCAAGAGUGUGUUUGAUGGCAAGUCCAGAAUUUCUCUCGAGACUAUGGAAUACAUGAAAUAAGUUUUUCUGGUAACUAUGGAUGACAGAAAAAAAGGACCCAAAAGCAGAUGUGUGGGACAUUGACCACCCAUUCCACGUCAAGAAUUGUUAAUGAGUCACAACCGCAGACUCGGUCGCGUAAACUCGCAACAUGUUGCGUAAUUCCACGACAUGUUGCGGGUUUAUACCACUUGUUGCGGGUUUUUACCACAUAGUCCGCCACUGUGAGUACGGACCUCAGCUUGUCGAAUCAGUUAUUAUAUUGGUUUUUAUGACUAGAUUUUCCUGUUUCAUUCACAACAACCACCAGAUCGAUGAUUGUGCCGACCUGUCAAAGGUAGGACACCAAGAAAAGGCCGUGGCUCUUAUCAGAAGAAAGACAAGACUUGGAAAAGACUACUUUGAACUGACAUACAGGUUUGGUUAUGUUGAAUUAUUCGCAACAAGUGGAUUCUUUGGCUCAGUAGAUGGUACGUUUUUCUCCCCUUUCCUUGGGUCGUCAGUCCAAGAGCUUCCAGCCACUAUUACGAUAAGCUUUCGAACCGUCUCAACCAACGUAAUUUUUAUUGCCAUCGAACAAAAAGAAUACGUUUGCAAGAGGAUAAUGAACCAAUACUAUAAGCUACAUGCAAAAAACAACUGGGGAUUCUACAGCAAGAGAGAUGAGGAUAAUAGUUUCUCGCCAGCGAACCCAAUAUCAUUGGAAAGUCGGCAUAUCAUGCAUUCAGCUGCAUCGCUUGUAACCAAGUCCUUUGCAUACCAAGAAAUUCAGCAAGAAGAGAUGAACGUGCUGCUACUGAAAGUGCUAGCUCAAGACGACUCAUCUCUUAAUUCUGUCAGUAUGCUCAUUAAGAAAUAUCUUGUCUUUCUAAACCAGCAUCGAAACUCUUCUUUUUCUUUAUCUCUACCCAAAGAAACCAAAAAGGAGCUGAUUGAAAUUUAUAAUAACUCACUUGCUAGUGCCUUAAAAUCCUCCAACAUCAAGCACAUCAAUUUAACCAAAAAACGAUACGUAGCAAAAAAAAAACAUUCAUUUGUUUGACUUUUUUUUUUUUUAGUGCGAUAAGCCUUUCAAUAUGUAAAUAAAAAUCAAUCCUUAAAAUGUUAA